GAGUAAAUAACUGCAACAAGUUCCCAGCAUGCCACAGCUGAUGCAAACAUGUUUGACAACUUUGCCUCCAGCAGGAAGUGUUUGGAGGUGCGACUAAUGUGUUCUCUGACAUUUAGAGCUGCUCGGCGUCUUCAGGCGGCAGCUAAAUGAAAAGCCAAACUUCUGCAAACUUUCACCUUCUGCAAUUCACAUUUUCCAUAGCUCCCCCUUGAAAAUCCCACGGGUGGCACACCAGAACUCAGGUGGACCCGGGAAGAACCGCAGUGAAGAUGAAGGCAACAACAGACGUGGUGAUGAACGCUUUCGGAGCUGUCGGUACUGGUGUAGACCUUUUGGAUAAGACCAUCGGCUUGUGCUUAACCAUCUAUGACACGGUGAAGAAGGCCAAGCACAACAAGCAGCGCUGCCAGGAGUUGGUCAAGCGGGUGCGUCUCUUGGAGGAAAUGGUGGUGAGCCUCAAAGGUCGGCCUCAACGCAUCAGCGCCAACGUCAGAGCCAGUCUGCUGGAGCUCAUCGGGAGUCUGACGAAGGCCAUGGAGUUGGUGAAAAAAGUCUCCAACGCCAACCAAGCCGUCGGGUUCUUCAGCGCCGGCGACCACGAAUCCAAGUUCAAAGAGCUCACCCAGAAACUCAGCGAGGACGUGCAGCUGCUGGCCAUGGCGCUACAGAUCCAUGAUGGCAACGUCCUGGAUAGCGUCUACUGCCAUGUGGCUCCCUCCAGUGAGCCCUGCAAGUCCGACUUGGAACCGAACACGCAUGCCUGGACUGACCAAAGCCUAAAAUCUUCCGUUCCGACUUCACCCGCCACCAUGGUGCCCACAUCCACCGUCACCAUGGUGCCCACAUCCACCGCCACCAUGGUGCCCGCAUCCACCGCCACCAUGGUGCCCACAUCCACCGUCACCAUGGUGCCCAGGUCACCCUUCACCAUGGGCCCCACGUCGCCCGUCACCAUGGUGCCCAGGUCACCCUUCACCAUGGUCCCCACGUCGCCCGUCACCAUGGUGCCCAGGUCACCCUUCACCAUGGGCCCCACGUCGCCCGUCACCAUGGUGCCCAGGUCACCCUUCACCAUGGGCCCCACGUCGCCCGUCACCAUGGUGCCCAGGUCACCCUUCACCAUGGUCCCCACGUCGCCCGUCACCAUGGUGCCCAGGUCACCCUUCACCAUGGUCCACACGUCGCCUGUCACCAUGGUGCCCAGGUCACCCUUCACCGUGGUACCCAUGCCACGAUUCGGCGCGGUGAACCGUGCACCGCUGGGGGUCUUCAAACCUCAGACCGUGGUCAGCCGUCAGCAUGUCGGCUCGUACUCUGUCCCGCUCUCGCAACUUCACAACUUUGUGCCCGACGUGACGCAGCCCCAGAAAAACAAAGGGAAAAACAAAAAGUUUAACAAGAGCCGUUCGGUUGAUUCCUAAAAAGAAACCAUGUCGUGCGGACCUGCUGAGGUGAAAGGUCAGUGAGGUGAAAGGUCAGGGAGAUGGCGCCGCAUUGAGUUUUCUUCGUCACUUUCUACAACAGAAUGUUCUGUACUCGGGUUCGACUUCUACUUUGCUUUUACUUGUUCCACCAAUUAAUUGUCAGGUUUAAUCUACAAACCCCGUUUCCAUAUGAGUUGGGAAAUUGUGUUAGAUGUAAAUAUAAACAGAAUACAAUGAUUUGCAA